GCCUCAGCUAAUUCUCUCAUGCCUGGAUACUUCUACAUUCUGUGGGGAUUUGUUGCAUUCUCAGGCCUGUGGUGCGAGAUGGUUCCCCGUGGCUGUCAUUUGUAUGUGUGGGACUGUUAGCUCUGAGUUGGUCUGGGGAGCCUGAGACCCUGCAAAAACAGAUUUUGAGAGAUUGUGCUCAGAUCUGAGAAAGAAGAAUUCAAUGCCAUCAGCAGAACUGAAUGGACUUCAGCAAGGUGAGACCAACUUACGGGAGACACUGGAUAUUGUGAAGGAGCCCUUGCUUCCAGUAAAUAAUGAAGAUCUGUGGCCUGUGGGUGGUACAAGUAGUCACUCUGGCAUUCUUUGCAUGUGGUGAUGACAUCCAACAGAACCGCAAUGACCGUGGAACGUUCUAUUAUGGAUCUUUUCCAUCCAGUUUCUCAUGGGGAGUGGGCAGUUCUGCAUACCAAGUGGAAGGAGCAUGGGAUGCAGAUGGGAAAGGAGAGAGUAUCUGGGAUGUGUUCACUCACAGGAAAGGGAAAGUGUUUAUGAACCAGACAGGAGAUUCUACAUGUGAUGGAUACAAUAAGGUCAAGGAGGACUUUGAGCUGCUGAAGGAACUAAAGGUUUCCCAUUACCGUUUCUCUCUUUCUUGGCCACGUAUCAUCCCUACAGGAAUACAAGCUGAAGGGAUAAAUGAGAAGGGGAUAAAAUACUACAAUGAUUUGAUUAACAUCCUUCUGCAAAACAAGAUCACCCCACUGGUCACCUUGUAUUACUGGGACCUGCCACAGAACCUCCAGGGAAGGUAUGGGGGCUGGCAGAAUGUCAGUAUGGUCACGUACUUUAAUGAUUAUGCCAACUUGUGUUUCGAGAGAUUUGGGGACAGAGUGAAGCACUGGAUCACAUUUAAUUGCCCCUGGUCAGUGGCCGUUCAUGGGUACGAGACAGGAAAACAUGCUCCUGGAAUGAAGCUGAUGGGAACAGGGGCAUAUAAGGCUGCCCAUCACCUCAUUAAGGCCCAUGCCCAGGUGUGGCACAGUUACAACAAGAACUGGCGAAACAAACAACAAGGUAUGGUGGGAAUCUCACUUACCACUGACUGGGGAGAGCCAGUGGAUAUCUCCAACCAGAAGGACAUCGAGGCUGCAGAUAGAUUUAUUCAGUUUCAUUUAGGAUGGUUUGCCAACACUCUUUAUAAUGGAGACUACCCACAGGUCAUGAAAGAACUAAUAGGCCAAAAAAGCACAAACCAGGGCCUGGGUAUGUCCCGUCUCCCCACUUUUACCUCUCAGGAGAAGAGUUAUAUCAAAGGAACGGUUGAUUUCCUUGGCAUUGGCCACUUUACCACUCGAUACGUCACAAGCAGGAACUAUGCUUCUACCCACAUUCCAAGUUACUACACUGACCGAGACCUGAGAGAAUUGGUGGACCCAAGAUGGCCUGAGCCAGAAUCUAAUUGGCUUUGCUCUGUUCCUUGGGGCUUUCGUAGGCUGCUCAAUUAUGUGAAGACGAAUUAUGGAAACCCUGUGCUAUUUGUGACAGAAAAUGGUGCUUCUGAGAAGAUGCAGUGCACAGAGCUGUGUGAUGAAUGGAGAAUACAGUAUCUAAAAGGCUAUAUCAAUGAGAUGUUAAAAGCUAUGAAGGAUGGUGCCAAUAUUCAAGGCUACACUGCCUGGUCCCUGAUGGACAUGUUUGAGUGGGAAGAUGGCUUCUCUGAAAGAUCUGGACUCUUCUAUGUGGAAUUUCAAAAUAAAAACAAAUCACGUUAUCCAAAGGCAUCCGUUCCAUUCUACAAGAGGAUUAUUGCUGCAAAUGGAUUCCCUAACCCCAGAGAGGUGGAAAACUGGCAACGUAAUUCUCUUGAGACCUGCUCCACCAUGAAUCAGCUGUUGGCUGCAGACCCGCUGACCACUCACAUGGAAAUGGUGACAGAGAUAGUGGUGCCCACCGUGUUCACACUCUGCAUUCUGAUAAGUGCCGUGCUUUUAAUGAUCCUGCUACGAAGGCAGAGCUAAAGCAGCCGGGCACAGCAGGUUUCACUAUAGACAAACGCUGCCUGUUUCCUCCAACAGUCGAGAGCUUUGCUGAUCAUUUCCAACCCAUCAUCUUCUGUAUCUGUACAAGACAGGAGAGGAUAUAUGACAACUGUAAAUGAGGAAUCUGACUGAAUUCAUGUGCCAUUGCAAAUGGAGACUUGUAUUAGCUGUGUGAAGAAUGGAUUACACAAUGUGUGUCCUACACCAGGAAACAGGAAAUUCUAGGGAUAUAUUAAAACCUUGCUAUAGGUAAAGUUGCAGUGAUAAAUGUAAUAAAACAGGUGUAUUGACUCA